UUACCAUUUCUUAAAAUAUAUUUAAUUUAUACAUUAAUUUUGGAUUUUAAGCUCCAAGAGAGUAGUUGUUUUAUCUGCAUGGCUGAGUUCAUAACUCUAGAAAGCAUAACUCUAGACUAAUUAUUUUUCAAUGAUAAUGAGAUUUGCCUUUUCCCCAAAUUGUGAUCACAGAGUCUCUUUUUUCUGCCGAUUUAAAGACUAGUUGUUAAAAUGUGAUUUGAGAAAACCUGGUUUUAUUUUUGGUAAAGUAGGAUUUGAAAAAAUAGGGGCAGAUUUAUUUAUUGUUAGACAUUAAGACAUUGCUAAUUUGCCUACAUAUAAUAAUUAAAGCUAAAGCAUGGAAACCAAACUGAGAGAAGCAGAUGGAAACAUCCCCUAGGUAAAUCUGAACAUUUGUUCUCAAAAGUGGAACAAGUGCUAGCAAGAUGUAUAAUCAUUUUAUUUCAGUUAUACCUGAUUUUGAUUUAAAAAAAUGUUGGCAAAGCAGUGUUUCAAUUUUAUUUAUCAUGGUUUGAUUUCUUUCAAAAUGCUUUUGGAAUUUAGUGUGUGAACAGGGUGUAAAUGAAAGGGAACAGAGUUUGAAGAAAAUGGGAUAAUGUGCUGUAAAAUAAUUCUUUGGUUUGAGAUUUUUGGGAGGGAUAGGAAAAAAUCAAAAUCUAGCUGGUGCCAUCAAAUGUCUUGAUUGUCCCACUGUCUGGUUCUAUAAUUGAAAAGGUUAAGAAUGUACAGGAAGAAAUGAGGUACCAAGAGGUUUCCUUAAUUUUCUGGAUUCCAUGGUAUAGUAUUUCACAGAAUAUAUUACUCAAAAUAUGAACGAGGAUCAGAACUACUUGUUUUAUACUCUUGUAAAUUUGUUGAUGUAUGUAUUGCUCUGAUAAAUGGGCCAUCAGCUGGAAUUUGGCUAGUUCACUGAAACUGUUAGUUGUAGUGGGGUUUGGCUUGCAACUUUAUAGUGUAAGUGAUACACAUUAAUUAAUUUUGAGGCAGCUGCUCAUUAAAAAUUUCUUUCUAGUAAACAUAAUAAGUGAACAUAUUUUGGAAGAUGCCAGCACAUAAUGUAUUAAAUGGAUUUUGAUAAGUGGAUUUGGCCAAUUAAUUUGAUUGGCAGGUAGGAAAAAUUCCUAUUAAUGGGAAUCCAGCAUGAUUGACUAUACAAUAUAAAAUAGUAUUUUAAAUCCCUGUUUUAACAUUUAGGGAUUUUAUGUAUAACAUAAGAACCUCAUAAAGGACUUGGGGUUGGUUAUUAACCUGGAGUAGAAGAUACAUUUCAAGGUAGCAUAGAGACUGAGGGAUUUGGAAGGGGACCUCUUUCAUCCAUUCCUCUUGCUUUGUAAGGAGAGAACUGAGACCAGAGAGGUUGUGACACUAAAUAGUUACAUGGUAUAAGAACUGGAAGCACAACCUUGGCCUCUGACACUUUAAAUGUUUUUUGUUUUUUUUUCAAACCUCCUGGUAGGACAUGGCUUCAUGGAACCGUGUCUAGGGAAGAAUGAAAUCAGGUGAGAAGUUACUUAUUUCCCGUUCGUUCAUUUGGAAAUAAAGAAUAUUUUGUUUUGGGAGUAUACACAGAAGGGAUGCUUAAAAAAGAUUUUGGAGUCCUUUCUGGAAUUUGCUUAGGAAAGGCUAGACAAGUGUAAGUACCGGAUGGCACUGAUUGAAAGAGAAGAGAUACAGAGCAAGAAGACGAUGGUGAGACUGUCUUUUAGAACAGGGAUGCAAGCCGUUCCAUGAGAAGGGGCUUCUUUUCUCCACCACGAGACAGAGAGCCUUCUACAGUUAGUCGUAGAGAGAGCCCCACAGCCUGUGUGAUCCCCCGAGGGCAUCCGGACACUCUGACAGUGAUGCCACCAGAGGUCCUACCAAGUGCUGGGCUUGUGGCUGUUGCCUUGGCAAUGGCCUUCCUGGGGCGUUGAGUUCUGUCAGCUGAUCUUUUUUCUCUCCAGGAGCCAAACAGAUGAGCUGCUCAAAUCCCACACCUGGGAAAGGGCUUAGCAUCACACAUAUAUUGUAUUAUAAGCAGAGUGAGAUGGGAAAAGAAUAAAACAGGUGCUAAUACAAUUAAGGUGUCACUUUUCUGAGCGAAACUAGAGUUAAACUUUCCAUCACUUGCCCAAGCCAGUUAACCUCAAGAUAAGGGAAAUCGUGUUCUGUCUUGCCUGCGAGCACAGGAGGAGUUUUCAUGGGCCCAGAGUGGUGGAGCUCGUCUUCCAAUGCCUCUCCCAGCCAGGAACACCACCGGCAGGAUCCGGACCUUCUCAUUCUGGUUAACUUGCUUACUUUUGAUUAGUGGAGGUUUGGAUGGCAAAAGCGAUUUGAGGGUGAGAGAGGUUCUGGUACAAUCCAGUCUAAAUUAGUGAGGGUCUCCCUCCUGCCUCCAUGGAAUUGUAGCUGCAUUAUCUUUCAAGUUUUCUUUUAAACUAGAGCUGAAUCGGUAAACUGGCCCCGGGAGGAGCCUUCAGGGUUGAGAUUGAGGCAUCUUUUAAAGGUUAUUUUCAAAGCUCUAGCCUCUCCUCAGUAACAUUUUUAUUUGCAGUUGCAUGUCAGUUGUCUUUAUCACCUUGUAAUGCAUUUGUUUACGCAUCUGUCUCACCCACUAGUUGAUGAGCUUCAGAAGGGCUGUCUGUGUGUGGUUCUCCUGUGGAUUUCUGAUGGCUGGCCCAGAGUAGAACUCCAUAAAUGUGUGUGGAAUUAAUGAAUAUUGAAUGAAUAAGGAGAAGUUGGCGGUGGCCCGACUACAGAGAGAAGUUGCCCAAAGAACAAGUGAGGGGGCCAUGCAUGAGAAGCUGAUACAUGAACUGGAAGAGGAGAGACACUUACGUCUUCAAAGCGAGAAGCGGUUGCAGGAGGUGACCCUGGAGUCUGAGCGCAACAGAAUUCAGAUGCGUGGCCUGCAGCACCAGUUCUCCAGGAUGGAAGAAACGGUACGAAAUCUAUUGCAGAGUCAAGGACCUCCAGAGCAGAAAAAAGAAGACACUGUUAAUAUAAUGGUCUAUCAGGAAACACUGUCAGAAGAAGAGAGGAAACACAAGGAAGCUUUGGAAGAUCUUCACAUGGUGGUGGAUGAGGAUUCGAGGAGCGAAAGCAGCAGUGCAGACGAAGGAAAAGAAAAGACCAAAUUGCUGUUAGAGAGAUUGAAAGCUCUAGAGGCAGAGAACUCAGCCUUGGCUUUGGAAAAUGAAAAUCAAAGGGAACAGUAUGAGAGAUGUCUUGAUGAGGUAGCCAAUCAAGUUGUUCAAGCUCUGCUCACUCAAAAGGAUCUAAGGGAAGAAUGUGUAAAGCUGAAAACAAGAGUGUUUGAUUUGGAACAGCAAAAUCGAACAUUAAGCAUCCUAUUCCAACAACGUGUCAGACCAACUUCUGAUCUGCUCCUGCAGAAACUUCACUCACGCAUCUUAGAUCUUUCAUCUGGAGAUUUGCUUUCAGAAGUGGAAAGAAGCAGAAGUUUGACACAGUCACGAACUGAUGUUGAGCUGCACGAAUACCAACUGAAUGCAAAAUCAGGAACCCCGGCUUUGAAAUGCCCAGGCCUGGGGGUUGUUGUCCCUGGUCACCUCUGUCCUCGAAACAGCUGCAGCAGCAGUGAACUGUCUCUUUCAAGCACCUGCAGCGAGUACUCCAGCGGCUCCUCCUACACAUGGCAUGAUGGGAAGAACCUCAGGAAAAGGCAGUCAUCACAAAACUGGGAUAAAAGGCUAAGUAUUGAUUCUUCGCUCCCCAGUGGCUUUGCUAGUCCUACAGAUGAACUACCUCCAACUCGUAUCAAGGAAAGCCACAUUUUGGAAGGGCUAAGAAAGCUACAGAAGCGAAAAGUAUUACUUGAACCCCCAUCAGCGAUAACCAAAUGGGGUUACAAAGAUUGCAUGAACUCAAAUGAAGGGAUAUACUCUCCGGGAAUUAAGAGUAGCAGCCUCAAGGAGUGUUCCCCCUGCAAACCGACUGACACAGCGAGCCCCCGCAAGAAGCCCCACAAGGCAUUUGUCUUUGAUACAGAUUCCCAUGAUGACGCCGAUGACAGCUCUUCUUCCUUGGUGUUGCUCCAAGCAACCCCAAGCCAGAGCUGCAGGCCCCAUGGUAGUAAGCUAACCCACAGUGUUUCUGACAGUCUGUUUGGCUGGGAGCCAGAUGGAAGACACUUUUCGGAAGGCACAUCCUCGGUGUAUCCCAGCGAAAGGCUCGAAAAGCUGCCGAGUUGUGCCAGUGCCUGUCCCUUGGAGAGGAACCUGUGCCCAAGUGUGCAGCCACCUCACGCACAGAGAGGGAGGGAUCCACACCGCCAAGGCCAUGGCCGCAUGGCUCUCAGUCUCCAGCUUUCAGACACUGAUGACAACGAAACCGUCGGUGAGUUGCACAUAGAGAGUAGCGAUGAGAAAAGUCCUUCAGACCUGUCAUUGGCUGCAGAUACCAAUAAGUCCUUGGAGAACCUGGACGUCCUCAUGGCAUUUGGAAAAUCUCAACCUGAGUCUCCUGAUGAGGAGGAAAAGCAAGUGCCCAUCCAUGUGGAGACUAGGCCAAAGACGUUCAGUUUCAUUAAGCAGCAAAGGGUUGUUAAGAGGACUUCUUCAGAAGAGUGUAUUACUGUAAUAUUUGAUGCAGAAGAUGGCGAGCCCAUUGAAUUCAGCUCUCACCAGACGGGAGUUAUCACUGUUACCAGAAAUGAAAUUUCCAUCAAUUCAGCCCCUACUGGACCCAAGGCAGAACACACUGAACUUUUACCUCAGGGAAUUACUUGUUUACAGCCAGGAGCAGCUGCAAGAGACUGUCCUUUCUUCAAAAGAUCUGAAGAGGAAACUGAGCGACACAUUCCAAAAGCUAACGUAGACACUGUUCCCAUGGUGCCCACUGAGUCUUUCAGCCCCAGGACAGUGACACCAAAUACUCAGCAACAAAAGCUGGUCAGGCCAACACACAGCAUGUCAUGCCAGAGUAGUUCCAGGUCUUUGGCAUCCCUGGGCGUCUAUCAAAAGCAAAGCCUGACAAAAAUACCAGCCCGGGGCAAGUCUUCACCUCAGAAAUCAAAACUGAUGGAGCCUGAAGCCUCGACACUAGUCCCCUCUUCUGGCCCGGUGACUGUUGAAAAAUCACCAGCCUUAGCCCCUGGGAAACUCUCCCGGUUCACAAAGACUGAGAGCCCAGGGCCCCUCUUUGAAUUACGGCCAGAUUCACACAUUCCAAAACUCCCCACCCAGCUUCCGCACAGCUCCAGAAUGCCCAGCAGGAGAGACUGGGUCCAGUGCUCCACGAGCCACACGCCUGGGUCACGGUCGAGGCCCCUCAUCGCGCCUAGUGACGGUGGAGAGCCCCCCACGAGGGACGGACACUGCAACUCUGGGCCAGAGGCAGGGGCGAGGUCCCCCUCUCCCCCGCCCCCUCCCGGCAGGUCAGUCUCGCUGCAGGCCAGGCCCAGCCACGAGUGCUCGCCACCACCUUCAACUGCCAAACCAGAACCGAGAGUCCCCGGUGAAACAGCAAGGACGCUGUUCAAAUCCCCCCUGCUGAAAGGAGCCUCCACUCCUGCUACUUCUUCUAAUCAGGCCACGGCGGAAGUGCAGAGGAAGAAACCUUCUGUGGCCUUCAGAAAGCCUAUCUUCACUCACGCACUGCCCUCCCCAGACACGGUGGUUCCAACCAGAUGCCCCGCUCAUGCCCCCUCCAGCUCCUUCGCUGCGAUGGCUCUGGGGCCUCCAAAGGUCUCCCCAAAGAGAGGUGUCCCCAAAACCUCUCCUCACCAAACUCUUGGGACCACACAAAUGGACACGGGGCUACGGACUCCCAGGAAUGGUCCUUUGACCCACGAGCCACUGGAAAUAUCAUCCUCCAAAAGCGUUUCUCCAGGAAGAAAAGGGCAAUGGAAUGACAGUGUCCCCGCACCCCCCAGGCCUUCCUUCUUAGGGGCCAGUGAGUCGCCAUCGUCUCAGGUUAGCAGUGCCUCAUCAUCAUCGUCAUCCUCCAAAAGCCAUAGUACCCCACAUGGUUGUCAGAGCGCUCGAGAGAAGGGGCUGAAGACUCGCCUCCCAGUGGGACUCAAAGUUCUCAUGAAGUCCCCCCAAUUGCUCAGGAAAAGUUCCACGGUGCCAGGGAAACACGAGAAAGACAGUUUAAACGAAGCCUCCAAAAGUUCUGUGGCUGUGAGUAAGUCUAAGCCAGAGGACUCCAGGAGUCCAGCAAGCCCCGAUGAGACCCCAGGGGGCGGAAAACGCGUGACUGCAGCGGGUUUACCUGUGCAGGACGGUUCAGCUGAAGGGCUCCCCCUGGAAGCGGCACUGCCAGAGUCACUGGAAGGCAGCAUCCCUGGGGCUGAUGGAAGAGAUGGGGCAGAAAACAGAUCUGUGAAAAGAUCCCUUUCCUCCAGCAAGCCACACCUAAAGCCCGCUCUGGGCAUGAACGGCGCCAAAGCCCGCAGCCAGAGCUUCAGCGCUCACUCAGGAGACAAGCCCUCCACGCCCCCCGUGGAAGGGCCGGGCAAAGUCCGAACUCAGAUUAUUACCAACACCGCAGAGAGAGGCAAUUCUCUGACCCGCCAGAACUCCUCCACCGAGGCCUCUCCCAGCAAGACCCCGUCUGCUCUGGUGUCUGAGAGUCUCCCUGGUGCCGGGAGGCCCUCGGGGCUCCCCUCCUCCAGCCAAGGCUCCCUGGGUAGCUCAGGCAGCUGCAGCAGUCAUCAUGGGAGCCCAAGCAAGUUGCCUUUGAGGAUCCCUCCCAAGUCUGAAGGGCUCCUCAUCCCGCCUGGAGAGGGGGCCCAGCAGGCCUAUGCCCAGGGAGAGUGCCUCCAUGUGGCUGUGCCUGUGGAGCCAGCCAGUGACCGCUGCAGGUGCCCACCCACCCCGACAGACUGCCCUCAAGCCCUGCAAAGCCCAGGAAGGAUGCAGUGUCCAAGCUAUUUUGAAACAAGCAGGACUUCCAAGUUAGAAACUUCUGGAAGGCAUCCAGAUGCCUCUACAACUGGGACUGGUGCUCUGAGCUCAGAAGCCCCCCCAUCACCCACCAUCGAAGAAAAGGUCAUGUUGUGCAUUCAGGAAAAUGUGGAAAAGGGCCAAGUGCAAACAAAGUCCACCUCUGUAGAAGCGAAGCAGAAGCCCGGCCCUUCUUUUGCCAGCUGGUUCGGUUUUCGGAAGAGUAGACUUCCAGCCCUCAGUGGCAGGAAAAUGGAUGUCUCCAAAACCAAAGUGGAAAAGAAAGAUGCAAAAGUCUUGGGGUUUGGAAACAAACAACUAAAAUCAGAAAGAAAAAAAGAGAAAAAGAAGCCCGAAGUACAGCGUGAGAUAGAAAGUGAGGUGAUCAGGGAUACCACGUCGGCAGAUAGUCCAGACGGUGGUUUACAAAGCAAAAAUAAUUGGAAAACACCACAAGACAUUUACAACCAAAUGAAGUUUGAACCGAGAAAUAGACCCAGCCCUGUUACAUGUUCAUCGAAAGAUACCUUUCUGACGGAACUUCUGAACAGAGUUGAUAAGAAAACAGCUCAACAGACAGAAAGUGGAUCAAAUAAUGUUUCCUGCAGGAAUGUGCUAAAGGGCAGUUCCCAGGCCUCCUGUCUCACCGGCAACUCUAUCAGCACUCAAGGAAACCACAAGAAAAACAUCAAAGCCAAAGCCGAUAUGGAAAUACCGAAAGACUCCCUGAUAAAAGAGGCAAAUGAAAACUUGCAAGAGGAUGAAGAAGAUACAGUUGCAGAUUCUGCAUUUCAGAGCCACAGCAUAGAAUCAAACUGCCAGAUGAGAACGCUGGACAGCGGGAUCGGAACCUUCCCUCUCCCAGACUCGGGAAACCGCUCAGCGGGACGGUACCUGUGCCAGCCAGACUUCCCGGAGGACGCCGAGCCGCCCCUGCCCGUGCAGCCAGCCCUUUCUGCAGCUUCUCCUAUCAGAGCCCAAACCCUUGAACGUGAAGUGCCUUCCUCCGCAGACGGCCAGCGCCCUGCAGACAGCGCCAUUGUCCACUCCGCCUCCGACCCCCUCAUGACUGCCAGAGGGGUGCGACCCCUGCAAAGCCGCCUCCCCAAACCAGCCUCCUCAGGAAAAAUCAGUUCCCAAAAGCAGAACGAAGCAGAGCCAAGGCCUCAGACUUGCACGUCAUUCGAAUAUGCUGAAGAUCCCAUGGCAAGCGAGCCCCUUACAGACUGGGGGGGUGAAGACGCUGCCACUGAGACCCAGGACAAGGUACCCAGAAUGUGUACGUACUCUGCCAGCGGUGGCAGUGAUAGUGACAGUGACCUGGACUGUGGAGAUAAUGGCUUUGGAGCUGGACGGGGACAGUUAGUGAAAGCACUGAAGAGCGCCGCCCCAGCUGUGCCAGUUCUGCUGUGUGAAAAUUUGCUACCUGUUACCUCGGGCUGCGCCUGCCACGCUGCAUUUCCCUGCGCACCUAAGGACAUGACCCGGCCAGAGAUCUCCAGCGGCAACACUAAGGCUUCGCUUAGUCCUUCUUCCUGGGGAGAUGGACCCCACUUAAGUCACUACAGGACUCUCAAAAUCUCUCAUAUUCGUUAAGGACCUUCAGUAUUUUUUUAACUCAACCCAGUAUUCAUGCAUUGUAAGGCAAAUCCCCAUUUCAUUUUGUUCGUAGUGAGGAUUUUUUUUCUUCACCUAAAACCAUUUGGAUAUUUUAAAAACCUCCCUGAUAUUGUCAGUCUUCCCAUUGCUAUAUGGUAUAAUCCUCACUUAUUUUGUGUGCUUUAAUCUCUAACCUUGUAGUCUUUCAUGCUGUUGAUUAUUUCAGGGGGCUUGGUUUAUGACAAUAGAAAUGCUCCUUGAAAGUAGUAUAUUAAUCAGGUUUUUUUGAAGAGCAAGAUCUAUUUUCCUGUUUACUUACUGGGGAAGUUAUUAUCUCCACUUUCUAAAUAAAAGAAACCUAAAUGUCUUCUGGAUGAUUAGACAUUAACUACCCAUCAGGAAAUAAAUGAGCAUUCCCCACCAGCGUACGGCAUCUUGUCUUCAGAUCUCAAUCAUUUUCAAAGACACUAAAGGGACACUAAGGAGGUGAAAGACAAAGUUAUAAGAAACAAAGAUAGCCAGUAAUAAGAAAUAUAACCAGCAUCCUCCCUUUAUUCCACUAGCAUUAACGGACCACCUAUGUGCCAAGCAUGUUCUGGGCACAGGGAUGCAAAGAUAAAUAGGUUCACAGUCCCUCCAUGGGAGACUGAGCCCUGACAACCAGUGUGCACGAUAAAUGCCAACUAGUGCCAUGAGAACGGUCAGCAGAGGAGGAAGGGAGAACGGGGUCAGUGCUCAAGGCUUCUGGUCAGAGAAGGGUUCAGAGAUUUCCCUCCACCCGAGUCUCAAGAGAUGAGUGUGGGCCACCCUGGAGGUGGAGAGGACACACUAGAGAGAGGAAGAUGUGUGAAUCAGAACACAGACACUCACUGCCUUUCUGGGCUCAAAAUUCAGCAUGCUGCCACCCUCAGCUAGCCGGCCAAAUAAUGCGCUUGAUAACUAUCUGCAUGCUACUGACUUUUUUUUUCCAAGUUGUUGCUGAGCAGUUUUAAUUUUAUCUGCAGAUCCCUGGAUCAUUUGUGUCCUGAUUACUUUUGAGAUUGCUUUUUUACCCUUGUCCCGACACUGCCAUCGAGCACUGCCUGGUUGAGCCCAUUGAUUCCUGCACUUGCCUGGGAGUAGAUUCCAUUGCAUCACUGAGAAAGGUCGUGCACUUACUCCUGAAGCUAAGGUCUGUGUCUUAAGCUGUGCACAGACUGGACAAGGCUUCACUACAAGAGCCAGCCAUAGAAGGAUGGACAGAUGACUCUUGCCCUGAGAAAUGAGCCCCAUUUUCCUGCGAAUGUUGCUAUUGCAGCUCUCUACCUACUACGUGAAGCCGUGCUUUUAUGGGGAGAACAACAGAAGAAAGGCUCUUUUUGCCCCCUGAGUAGGAAGGUGAAAAUGUGGGUGAAAGAGGGGAUUUUUUUUACCAUUAAUUGUAGUUCCUGGGCUUAGUAAAUCAGAACUAUGUUUUUUCUACAUUGUUGAGAGACAGUAUUAACCAGAGCUCCCUUUCUUUUAGUUGAUUUGUUCAUGAGUCAAGAGGUUUAGAAGGUGCUCUGCCUGCCACCAGAGGAACAUUCCUUCCAACAUUUCUGGGUAAAGGCUUCAGUGUCUCCUCCAAGGCCCCUCUAAGGACACUGCCCUGGGAGUCCUGUUGAAUGGGGCCGCUGGCCACACACAAACACAAGAGCUGCUCUGUUUCCUUUCGACCAAGCUGCUGCCCAUACUGGGAUGAACAUAUUGACGCUUUCACAAACAUUUUUCCCUCUGUGCAAUUUUUUCCUUGAGGCAGAAGAAAGAGACCUUCUCAUUCUUUAUCUUGAGCGUUUUGAUAGGCCUCCUUUGAGAAGGUCAUUGUCUGCUGCAGCAAAAUAAUCAUGGGAUUUCUGGACAAGCUGGUAAGAGAAAAAUGAUUCAUUAUUUCAGGAAUUAUUUUGCCUUCAGUCCCCCAAAUGGAUGACGGCUUCUAACAAUACGUAAGAGAGUGCAAGGCUUAACUUAUUAUAUGAAAGGUUAUACUUUAAAAGGAAAAGAAGUUCAAACAUUACAUUUUUAGCUCUGCUGUAAUAUAGCAAGGGUCAAGGCAGCCCUUCUGUGAGCCCCGUGGUCCUCUGGAUGUUAUUGUGUGCUGCUCCCGCUGCAAGGGAGGGCCUGCCUGCCCUCCUUCCCUUCUCAUCUACUCGAGCUAAUGAGAUUGGAGGGAUUUUUUCAAGUUCUAUUCAGGCAGCACCCUCCCGCUCUGAUCCCUUUGGAAUAUCCGAACACAUCGCAUAUUCGUCCAUCUAAUAGUCUCAAUCCAGCCCCAUAGUGCCUCUUGCCAUGUCACACAAAAUGGUGCAUCUUCACAGCACGUUAUAUUUUGCUGCGUUGGGGGUGAGGGGAGCUACCUAACUGCUAUGGGUUGUAUCGUGACAGAGACCAAAAGGUAGUUUAUAAUAUAACUGGCACAUCCACGUGUGAUACCAAGACACCUGUUAUGUUGGGUUAUUUUUGCAAUAAAAUUUGCCUGGCCUAAGCGCAAGGUAGAUACUCAGAAUGAGGCAGCUUGACCGAUAAGACACUGAAUUUUGAAAUGAAAACUGGAGAGGCUGGGCGAUCAAUAUGACCUUGAGUACUCACAGCCAAAUAACUUAUGGAAAUAAUGUAAAGAAAGACCCUGUGAACUCUUUCGCCUGACAGAAGGGUUUUAAAUAAUAUUUUAAGAAAAGCAAAAGCAAACAUCCCCUGGACCUUCUUUAAAGAUUAGGUCUAAAAUGAAAGACCCUGAGUUACACAAUUAACUAUUGAUUUUGUUGAUCCAUAUUUAAUUCUCAUAGCAAUUGAGCUGUGUUUACACAGCCAUGCGGGGCAGACCAUACUUCACUCGGGGCAAGGCGCCUUUCACUUUUACAUUAAUUUAAAAAUUAAAUUGUUCUGUGCAUGCAAGACAAACAAAAAAUAAAGUUUAUUUUUAUUGUAGCGGAUGGCUGGCUUAAACCUCAUAAAGUGGCGUUAAGCCAGCUGAGGCGGUUUAUGAAGAGAAUUCCUUUUAUAAUGCAGUAGUCAGCUUGCUGAGUGAAUACACCUCAGGUGGCAGGGAGACACUAAAAAGCAUCUGCAUGCUACCUGGUACUAGGAUUUUGCACUAAAACAGCUAUCAUUUUAAUCUCCCCACAGUUUAAUUUUUUUAUUUGAUACAUCCAGUAGUAUCUGUGGUUUCAUCCCUCAAUAUUCAAUCUUGUUGCUCGAUUUAAGAAUGCCAUGAGCAUGAUUUGCAUUCUCACCUGGAAGCCCCAAGACAUGUCACCAAGUUUGCCCCUGCCUGAAGGGCACAGGAGCCUGAAUUUGAGCAAAGUGCCUGCACCUGGCUCGGGCCAGGUGAAGGAAGCAUUUAAGAAAAGGGUGCAGCCAGUGUCUGUACCAUCUAUCAUGGGCCUGCUCUUUCCAGUAACAUUUCUCCCCCUGAGGAACGUUUUGUAUUGGCUGUUGAUCCUGGAUUUCCAGAAAGCUGUGGGAGCUGCUGCCUCACCCAACUGUUGGCCAAGCCCUUCUAGAGGUGCAGAAGAAGGCCCCACAUGGCUCAGAACAGAGCUGUCCAACUAGGGUGGCCACGGGAUGUGAGUCCACAUCUCUCCGCUCUUGACAAAGAGGAAAUCGUGGUUGCCAAAGUAACCGGUAGUCAGACAUGCAUUACUCUAAGAGGUGUCCUGGUUCUUGAUGUUAACCUAGAAACUGAGACCUGCUGCUGCUAGUCUGUGUAAGGAUAAGAAAGCAGCUGUGUUACCACUAGUCGGGUGACAGUCUGAAAAGAUCUAAGUGUAUGAGUCUCUUCAUUAUGUAAAAACAGACAAAGAAUAGUUGGUCAAGUCUAUGAACUCUAGCAGGAAAUGAUGCAGUGAAAACAGAUCAAGUAAUGACAACUUUUGUUAAGACUCUAAAAUAUGCAAGAUACAGUGUCAGGAUCAGAAAAAGAAAGAAUAAAAUUGGUCUGUGGUCGCAAGAAGCCUGCAAUUUAUUGAGAAAGAGGGACCUUGAUAUGAAAAAAAAUCCUAUACAAAAGAAUGGAUAUAAGCUCAGGAUCAAAUGGAUAAUUUAGGCCAGGAAUUCAAAGGGAGAAAGAUCCCUGCAGAUGAACUUUCAUAGAAACAGAACCGGCAGCUCUUGAUAACUAAAGAGGAUCAAGUUAUAAAAUUUGGUUACUAUUGACAACAAUACGUAAUCAGAGAAAAGAGAAGAGAUUCCAAUUUUAAACAUGUUGAAUUUAGGAAGUAACCAGAUCUAGAAAGGUUAAGAAAGGCAAGUGUAAAUUGUAGUUCCUUAACGUAUGAAAAACAUCUUCCUGAAUGAUGUUACAGACUGAAAACAGACGAAGAUCAAAAGAAGCGUUAGGACAUCGAGGAAGUUAUUUCAACAAUAGGAUUAAGAGGAGGCACAUCCAUAGCUUUGAGUUUGACAGGGUAUUUGAGUUCUAGGUGCCAUUAUCAGACUAAAGAGCUGGCUGGGUAAACUAUUUGUCUAAUUCAAUGAGGGAGUUUUCAGGGGCUAACCUUCUAAUAUGUCUGGAAAGUUGUCCUACAUUGACUUCAUAUGAAAGAAUCCUUAACAGGUGCAUCCCAUGUGGCACUGACUUUGUCUCAUACACCACUGUAUCUCCAAUGUCUAGGAUACUACCUAGUACAUAGCAGGUACUCAAGAAAUAGCUGACGAAUGAAAAAAUAAGCAAGCAGAUGUUGUGAGGAGCAAACUCCCUAUUUAAGUGUCCAUGAAAAUCUGGGUACAGAGUCACUGUCACAUUGUGGCAGAGCAGGGGAUGGAGUCCAGAAUGGAAGCAGAUUCCCUUCGGCACGUUCCCAACCAGCACAUCUGCUCAUGCUAGGACCCCCAGUGCUGACUGGGUAAUGACAAUUAAUGACACUAGAGUGCAACACAGAAUUUAUUGUUUAGUGUUUCUGAAUCUUUAGAGCAAUGCCUACCAAAAAAUCUUCCCUUUAGAACAAGGAUCAAUAAAUGGGUGCCAAUUCUAAGUUGUCCUGGCUCUCAGGAUUCAAUAUGUCAAAUAACUUUAUCCAAAAGAAAACCUGACCAGCUCUUGAACUGGAACACGAAUUGCAGUAGGAGACGCAUAGCUUACACAUGAGUAGAGCAAACAUUCUCAUAUCUACGAAUAUCAGUGUGUUCCUGGUGAACCUUAGCUUGUGGUCCUGUUUGAUUCCAUGGCUAUUGUAAUGUGCCAAAUAGAUUGGGUGCCAUAAUGCACAGUGGCUCCUAAAUCCCCUAAAAGUGUGUUGGGAGUAAUGUAAGGUUGUCUGGUUAUUUAUAGAUUAAUAAAAAACAUAGAAUAUUUUCCCCUUACUUUGAAAGUCACACCAUGCUUCGUCAAAACUUUUGCACUUUCAGGUAUAAUUUUAUGAUACCUACCAUUUUGAUGGCAUUGAAGAUUUUCUUUUGGAAGGAGGACUUCCAGGAAAAAAAAUUAGCAUAACCUAUUUUUUAUACUCACCUGAUCCAUGAGAAAGUAUAUUUUAAUUUUUUUUUAUAAGAGCAGCCAAAAAUCUGUCACUCCAAAGUGAAAGCAUAGCUGUAUAGUGUCAGAAUAUACAUAUGGCCCCUUCAUGCUACAUUUUCAUCUGACAAAGUUCAUGGGCGUUUUAUGCCACAAACUCACUGACAUCUAAACCAGACAUGGACCAGCUUGCUGGACAGACAGGCAUCAUAUUUAAGACAUAAAGUGAUGGAAAGGGUAGGCAAAAAAAUGUCUAAUCAAUCUUUUAAGUCAAGCAAGCAAUAUAUAUGCUUUGCUUUAUUCAUAAUAGUGCCUAUAAAUUAAAGGAAGAAAAGCUUGAUGCCUUCACUCUCAUCAGCCAGAAUCAUUAGCCUGACACUAAAAUGAACAGAUUUAGAUGUUCCCAUCUCAGGAACUGCUCAAUUCCCAUUCCAGAAUAAACUUUUUAGUUAAUACUACUGUGCUAGAAGGAAAAGGAAUCUAGCAACACAGAGAAGCCUGUUCCAUUUAGUUAAGCUGCUUACACAAGCUGAUAUCAGUGAUCUGGCUUAUUUGCCCAAUUCCAGAUCACCAGAGAAGAGUGCACAUUUUACUUUUGGAGAAAUUGACCAAGACUCAUCAAAUGUGAUGCAUUACUGAACGUGACCAACCUAUAUUUUAAAUUAGAUUUGUGGGUCCAUCUACCACCUGGAAUACAAAAAAUGCAAUUUUUCAAAUGGCCAUUUCAAAUAUUGGUACUAACAUCAGAGUUUGCAGAAAUCACAAAUUUCCUUUGCAUGUUCAUAUAACAAUUUUGCCUCCUUUUAUAAUUACAUGCCCUUCUUCCCAAAUACCCUUGUCUGGCAUAAGCAAAGUUUGUGAUUUUUGUUGUUUCGGUUUUUCUCUUCCCACUAAUGGACAUGGCCCCACAUCUUCCUCCAUUUUCCAUAUACGGGAACAUUUCCUAUCUCUGAUGAAAUGACUUCUCUUUCCUUCAGUGCUUUUGAUCUCGUCUUUAAAUGUUUUUGUUUUG